UCCUUUGGAGUUGGACACAGCCGGAACGCAGCAUGAAAUUUCUGCCUGCAAAGCUCGAACGAAAAUUCCGUCGCUUAAAGAAGCACUCGAGGUCAUCCUUGACGCGAAAACUUGAUGUGAUGCACGAGAGUGCUCGCAAGAAAGUCAUUGAAGAGAACUGCGAUGCCUACAAAAAUCAAAAGCAUUCGGAGUAUGAGUGUAGGAAACGACCGACAAGUAGCAAAGCCCCAUCCUCCAUUUUUGUCUCUAAUAGAAAUAUUUCCAUAGAAUUUCCUGGCGGCACGAGGGAAACAUUUCUCAGCGAAGGCAGUUUCCACCAGGCCGUGGGCAGGGUUCUGCUCGUGGCCGAGUUCUUUGCCAUGAUGCCGGUAAAGGGAGUGACGGCCAAGCAUCCUGGAGAUCUCAGCUUCUCCUGGCGCAACGUACGCACAUGCUUCUGCCUGGUAUUCAUCGCCUCAAGUCUGGCAAAUUUUGGACUCUCCCUGUUUAAGGUGUUGAACAAUCCCAUUAGCUUCAAUAGCGUCAAGCCCAUCAUCUUUCGUGGCUCUGUGCUGUUGGUUCUCAUUGUGGCUCUCAGGUUGGCGCAGCAGUGGCCCACUUUGAUGAUGUACUGGCACGAAGUAGAGCAGGGCUUGCCGCAGUAUCCAUCGCAGGUGGGAAAAGGCCAGAUGGGACACACCAUUCGAAUGGUUAUGCUUGUGGGAAUGAUGCUUUCCUUUGCUGAGCACCUACUCAGCAUGAUAUCGGCCAUUCAUUAUGCGAGAUAUUGCAAUAGCACCUCUGAUCCCAUCAAGAACUAUUUUCUUCGCACCAACGAUGAGAUCUUCUACGUGACCAGCUACUCCACGGCCCUGGCCUUGUGGGGAAAGUUCCAGAAUGUCUAUUCCACGUUUAUAUGGAACUAUAUGGACAUGUUUGUGAUGAUUGUCAGCAUUGGAUUGGCAGCAAAGUUCCGACAGCUAAACAAUGACUUGAGGAACUUUAAGGGAAUGCACAUGGCGCCUUCGUACUGGUCGGAGCGUCGCAUUCAAUACCGAAACAUUUGCGUUUUGUGCGACAAAAUGGACGAUGCCAUUUCCCUCAUCACAAUGGUGUCUUUUUCGAACAACCUCUACUUCAUAUGCGUCCAGCUCCUGCGUAGCCUGAACACAAUGCCUUCGGUGGCCCAUGCCGUUUACUUUUACUUCUCUUUGAUAUUCCUCAUUGGCCGCACGCUGGCUGUGUCUCUGUAUUCCGCCAGUGUCCACGACGAGUCGCGGUUAACCCUGAGAUAUCUGCGCUGCGUGCCAAAGGAUUCAUGGUGUCCGGAGGUCAAGCGCUUUUCGGAGGAGGUAAUCAACGAUGAGGUGGCACUCAGUGGAAUGAAGUUUUUCCAUCUCACACGGAAGUUGGUGUUGAGUGUGGCAGGCACCAUUGUUACCUAUGAGCUGGUGCUUAUCCAGUUCCACGAGGAUAACGAUUUGUGGGAUUGCAAUCAGAGCUAUUACUCUUAAGUUGAGAGAGGGUUUUAUUUGCAUAAUAAAUAAAAAAAAAUCAUCUUGCACUUUAUUAUUAUUAUUAUUGUUUGAAGCAAUUAAAGGAAACCAACAAAAUGUCGACCGUAAUAUCAAUCGGUUAUAUUGCCUAAAUUGUACGUCAGAUUAUCAUCCAUCUAUAGAGAGAGAGAGAUUCUACAUGUGUUCCGCGUGUGUAGACUUUACAAAUAUCAAACGUUCUUCAAGAAUGGUCACUAUAUAUGUAUUGUAUCACUUAUAGACUAAACGGGGCUUCCUACAGAUGGUGGAUACGAGUACGAGUAUUACGAUUAUGUGUGUGUAUGUGUAUGGUGCAACCUACGAUUUACUGGCAUGGGGUCUCAGUGGUCUUAGGUCGUGCGGUGGCGAAACAGCUCGGGGAAUAUACAAUAUGCA